AUGUCAGAGGAGUGUGUUCCUGAGGGUCUAGACCUCAAAGAGCGGUGCGAGGAGGAACUUUGGGAACUGAUUAACGACAACAGACACCGGAUCUCCCUCGGAGUGCAGCCAUGCAACUUGAUCCCGUACCUGAGGCAGGCCAGGGUGCUCAGCGAGAUGGACCAGGACGAGAUCCUCUCCUGCCACAAUCUAACCAACCGCAGCAUGAGAACCAGCUAUAUGUUAGAUUUGCUGAGGACCCAGGGGAAUGGCGCUGUGGCUUUGCUUGAGAGUCUGAUGAUCCAUUACCCGAUCCUGUACACCCAUGUUACUGGACAGAAACCCAGCACUGAGCCUUCAGGAUUCAGUGGCCUGAUAAAGUACUCAGAGCUGACAGAGUAUCUGGUCAGAGCUGUUACAGGGAUGCAGAAGGAGCUUCAGCAGGCACGAUGUGAGGCCGGCAGGAUGAGUGCACGCUGUGCCUCCCUGGAGUCAGAGAUUGGGCAGAUAAUGGCGCAGGAGGAGAAGUCCAGGUGCCUUCAGUCCGAGAAUGAACGCCUGCGGAGGCACCUGUUCUCUUUGCAACAUGAUGUCACUAAGCUCAAGGACGAGAAAUGUGACUUGUAUAUGCGCUACACAGCGGCCAUUGAGGAGAAGUCAGCUGUGAACAUGCGCCUCCAUGACCUCAACCUGCAGGUGUAUCAGCUGCAGACAGAGCUGCAGAAGGCAAAAAAAGAGAGUGAGUUCCAGCAGCGGCGCUCGCUUAGGCGUGCCUCUCAGCCAGCCUAUCCACGACUACAAGAGGGAGUUGGGUCUCUGCCCUGCCAGCUUGUGAAGGCUGGUCGGGACAUCCUUGCCCAGGAUCUGGCUGAGGCCAUAGACAGCCACGCGGAGCUCGCAGAGCAGCUCAGGUGUUACAGAGAGGAGAAUGAAAAGGUGUUUAAUGAAAACAAAGGGCUUCUGGAUCAGAAAGAGUGCCUGAGCCUCCAGGUGCAGCAGCUGACCCUGGACUGUAACUUGCACCAGCAGAAGAGCACUGUGAUCCAAAACCAGAUCAGGGAGCUGCAAGCGGAGAGAGACCAG